UGGCGGCGGAGGUGCGUCGCUGCACUGGACUUAGUCAGCAGCACCCGUGUGGACUGACACAGACCCAUCGAUCCACCCACUAGUGUGACUGCAGCCGCCGCCGCUAGAUGGUGCACGCUCCGCCACAGCCGACUUUCUCAGCCGUCAGUAGCCAUAGAGACCUUACCACUGUGGGCUGCACGGCCUGUCACGCCCGCACGAGCCCACACAUGUCCUUCUUAAUGCGGGCGCGGUAAGAUGGCAUCGGCAACGCUCAACUCCGGGCUCCUGGAGGCUCUGGUGUCGCGCGGGACAACGCCUCAGGCCGUGGGAGAGGCUGACCCGCAGCCCGGGUCUCCCGGCAGCGCGGGGGGCGACCCCACGUCCGCUCACCACGCCUACCUCCACGCUCACUUCCAGGGCGUCGCGAGCCACUACGAGGAAGGCGGCGACCUGCAUGACGUGUCCACCUCUGGGGGCGACGCCACCACCGAGGACGACGAAACCAGCCUGAACGACCAGCUGUCGCACUACUACCAGCGAGGCGACGACAGCCACCUCUCGGCGUCAGCGAAGAAGCGGCGCAAGCAGAGCAACCCGGUCCGGCUGCCGACGCCCCAGGGCGACCUGCAGGGCCCGCCGCCGUCGAAGCCCGAGGAGGCGCAGUUCGACUCGGAGAUGUCCAACCCUUCUGGCGAUGGCGAGGAGGGCAUCGCGUGUCCUCACUGCCACGUGGAAGCCCCGUCUGAGGAUUCUCUGAGACGCCACAUCAUUGAAGAGCACAUCGGGCGCCUCCUCACCGACGACGAGGCGCGGCUCCGGCAGCAGCGGGAGGAACCCGAGCCAGGAGAGAACAGGAAAUCUGAGAGAGAGCCAGGCCCCCUGAACCUGUCGAGCCCCCGGUGGGACGGCCGGCCCCCCUCCAGGCCCCACGACGAGGAGGGCCGCAGCCCCCCGACCUCCAUUCCGAUGCCCCCCUCGUUCGGCGACGGAAAGCUGGGCAUGCCUGGGCUGCUGCCUCUCGGCCCCCCGCCCUUCCUGUUCCCGUUCCUGCAGCAGCAGGCGGAGCGAGAGAGAAUGGCGGGGCUGCCGCACUCUCAGCAAGCACUUUCUCCUUCAUCAUCAUCAUCAUCGAUGGCAAAUGGUCAACAACAACAACGCAUCUUCAAUCAGCAAGCUUAUUGUGACCUUUGCCACAAAGAAUUUUGUAACAAGUACUUCCUCAAGACACAUAAGGCUAAUAAGCACGGCAUUUACUCCCCUGAAACGAGCAGUUCUCCAACGGGAAUUCCCUCAAGCCACUCGACCCCGUUAGGGCCAAGCGUGUCCAUGGCCUCCUCGAUGACCUCGCCCCUGGGUCCGAGCCUGGCCACCGGGGGCUUUGCCGGUUCGCCGUAUGCCGGGGCCUUCAUCACCACCAACAUGAAUGCCCUCCCCCUGCGGCCGCUGCUGCCUUCACAACUUAGUGUAAAUAAAUCCACUAGUAAGGACUCUAGCACAAGUAAUAAGCCUGGAGGCGUUAUUAACCUCGAGGCUUACUGUGAGUUGUGCCAAAAGGAAUUCUGCAACAAAUAUUUCCUCAAGCGCCACAAGGCAAAGAUCCAUGGAAUCAAUAUUGAAGUUGUCACCAAGCCCAAGAAUGCAGGUCAACUGCCUCCUCGCGUCGCCCCAGACCGGCCCGAAGGAUGGUGCGAUGCUUGUCGGAGGGACAUCGGCAGUCGCGCUGCUCUCAAUGCUCACAAGUUACAGGCUCAUGGACCUCACAUUGUUGCUCCUCUGCCGUCUCCUCACACCACUUCCCCUCAUACAGUUAGAAACCCAAGAACACCCACUCCUAAGGAAGGCCGCAGAGAUGGCCCAGAUCAUAGGGAAUAUUUCAGUCCAUGGGAAUCUUACAAAGAUGCUCGUACGCCAGUUAAAGUAGAACAAUCAAGGGAUGCAAGAGAGUCUCCAAAGGACAUCCCAGGCCGCAGCCCUUGGGAUAGACCUCUUGGGUCGCCCUGGGACGCAGUGAGGGAUACCCCGAGGAGUGACAGGCCAUUGGAGUCCCCUAAAGAUAACAGGCGAGAACACAUAGAUGGACUGAAGAAGGAGGACUCGUGGAAUGAACAGAGACUCCGGAAUGAGGAUCAGUACCACCAACAUGCUGAACGUAGCGGCUACCACGAGCGAUUAUCCGAGUCUGGUGACUUUCCCCUUGAUGCCCGUGACAUGCAGGUGAUGAGGGAGCAGCAGCACCGCGAAUGGGAAAUGCAGCAGCGAGAGCUUGAGAACCAUGAACGAGACCAACAACAGAGGGAACGUGAACACCAGCAGAGAGAACGUGAGCACCAGAUGAGGGAACGUGAACAGCAGCAUCGGGAAAUGCAAAUACGCGAACGUGAACGCGAACGGGAACGAGAACACGAGAGAGAUCUUGAGCAAUGUGAGAGAGACAGAGAAGAACACAAAUGGGAGCAAGAUCGAAGCCGUGAGCAUGAGCGAGAAUCAUACAAGAACCUUGAACUCGAACGUGAACGAUAUGAACAUGAAAAACGUGAACAAUUUUUAAAGGAAAGAGAACAAGAGAUGAGAGGAGAUGGAGAGUUAGCAAUCAAACAAGAACCAAUGUACCAAGAGGGAGAAUCUCAGAAGGACGACCAGCAAGCAAGCAAAGAGUCCCAAGAUCACGAAAAAGGAGAACGGAAUGGCUUGCAUCACCAAGGAAACAGUGAAGAUCAGGAACAGAGGAACAGCAGUUCAAAAGAAUCGGGCAACCAAGAAGGCUCAGAGAUCCAGAAUGGAGGAGCCGAAAGCCGAAAUGGGAGGCCAGAGAAUCGGGAGCCGGGCAAUGAAUCCCGAGAAGGAGGGGACGUCCGUGAGUCGGUUCGGGAGCCCUCGCGUGAAGCUCCUCGGACUCCAGGAAGCAGUGCAGAUGAGAGUUCCCGCGAUACAGGCAUCAUUGCACGUGUGGGUCAACCAGCGAUGGUACAGGCGCCACCUGGAACAAAAUUCACUCCAGAGCAACUUCGUCAACUUGGAGUUAUUAACCCUGAUGCCUUCUGUGAGCUGUGCUGUAAGGAAUUCUGCAACAAAUAUUUCUUACGGACGCAUCGCAUCAAAAAGCACGGGAUAUACACCCCUGAGUUCUCUGACAGAUCGAAGAGUCACCAGAAAGACAAUUCCCCUCUCAGUCUUGCUCGGCUUUUAGAACGACAGGCGCUCGAGUUACGGCCGACUUUACCCGACAUCGAGGGUGAUUUGGAGUGCGAUAUCUGCCGGCGUCCAUUCCCCAGCCACUAUCUCCUUCAGGUGCACAAGUACUACUUCCACGGGCCUGGCCAGGAAGCAGCACAACAGGAGCAGCUAUCUCUGCAUCCGCAACCCUCCCCGCACGAACAGCUGAGACAAUUAGCACUUCACGCCCAGCAGCAAGCCAGGCAGCAGCAACAGCAACAGCAACAACAGCAGCAGCAACAGCAACAGCAACAACAGAAGAGGAUAGAAGAACAGCAGCGUCGACUACACGAGCAUCAGAUGAGGCUGCAACAGGAAGAGGAGCAGCACGACCAAGCCCAGGCUGAACGGGAGCGACAGCGGAUGUCUCAGGAGCCUCUUUCUGAGGAUGGAGGAGACAGGAGCGAGGAUAUGCCUCGGCCAUCAGUCAUUGAAUCUGCAGGAUCUGGGGAGUCAGAUGCAAGUGAAGAUCUCCGAAAGCUUCAGUCCAUGAUCUUACAACUGAAUCGCCAGGGGGAAAUGGGUCUUCGGUGUCGCUUGUGUCAUAAGGAUGUCGGAAACAAGUAUUUCCUUCGUGCUCACAUGAUGACAGAACACGGCAUCUUGGGGCAUGAGGACGCUCCUGCCACUCCCAGUGAAGGAGCCCAAACCCCAAAGACCCCUCGCGAACCGAAGUCGGCAUCUCCGCCUCCUACGGCUGAAAACCAAGCUUUUUGCACCAUUUGCAAGAAAGAUUUCUUCUCGCGUUAUAUCCUUCAGCAGCACAUGUUGAGUGCGCACGGUGUGUUCACCCCCCCAGCACCACCAACGUCUUUCAUGGAGAGGAUAAGAGCAGAGGUGGAAAGUCGAGAGGACAGGAAACCUCAGUCAACCUCCCGUUCCUAUUGUGAGAUUUGUAACAAGGAACUAUGUAAUAAAUACUUUAUGAAAACACAUAUGUUAAAAAUGCAUGGAAUUAACAUAGAAAAUGGUGUAUCGGGUGGUGUUACAUGUGAUCUUUGUAACAAAGAACUCUGUAGCAAGUACUUUUUACGUGUCCACAAGCAGAAUACGCAUGGUCUUGUCGAAGAGGGUCGUGAAGGCGAGGAAGGCAUUGAUCAAUCGGAAAUCGAAAACUGCCCUCUGUGUUCCCGGCGGUUUAAGAAUCGCAAGUGGUUGAAGACUCACCUGACCAACGACCACGAGAAUGCAGGCAAAGAGAAGUGGCGUGAAAUCGAGGCCACCAUGGUUUCCCAUGACCCACCUCAGCAACAACAAGGCCCCUCCUGUGGGCUCUGUGGCCACGUUCUGCCGGACUUGGUUGCCCUUCAGCUGCAUGUCAUCAAAGUGCAUGGUGCUCAUGACGCUGGCUCGGAGGCCUCCCGAAGUGCAGGAGACGAUGACCUUAAAUCGAGGAACUCUCUUCAGUGUACAGUCUGCCCCUUCACAGCUCCUACUCCAGCUUUACUCUAUGCCCAUUCCCGAACUCAUGCCCCUGGCAUGCCGCCCUUCCCAGGCGUGUUAGGACAAGCAGUUCCCUGCCCUCUUUGUUCACAAAUGCUGCCUAACAUUGAAUCCUACCAGCACCACCUCUUGCAACAUCAGCUCCAGGGCCUGUUGAAGCCGUUGCUGGAGCAGGAAAGCGGAAGACACGAGCAAGACUCCCCUGGGCUGCAGAAGGACGGCUCGAGGAAGGACGCCGGCGGGCCGCCCUCGUCCAUUCCCCUGAGGCGCAGGAAACGAUGGAGAUGCUCCCAGUGCAGGAUGAAGUUCAUGAGCCGCGCGCUGUGCCUUGCUCAUGUGCACGCCAUGCACAACCCGCGGGCCCGUGGGACAUGGCUGGGGCGCUCCGCCGUGCACCGCCGUCUGUUCAAGUGUCGCAAGUGCGGUGCGGUGGCGCGGCGCCUGACGGACCUGCGGCAGCACAUCCGCGAGCAGCAUCGCGCCCGCCCCGGCGUGCCCACGAGCCACGCCACGCCCACCAAGUCUCGCGCGACGGGGCGCUUCGUGAUGCAGCCUUUCCUCCUGAACAGUGACGGGCCGGAGGGUGGGGACGGCUGCGAGGCGGAACACCCGAAGCCCGAGAGCGAGCAGUUCGUGCCCUCCCUGGUGUACCUGCCGGUGGCGCGUCGCGUGCAGCGCCCUCUCACGGUCUCCUUCAGCCUCACGCCAGCAUGAGCUUUGCGCCCUGUAGGCGCGCUACAACUCAGGGUCUUGCUCUUCUUCAAAGUACAAUCACGGGCCGGGCGUGACGUGGGCGCGCCCGGCCGUGGAGCCGCCCGGGGCCGCAGACGCCCGCCGGACAGCCCGCCACAGGUGCUACACGCCCGCCGCCGGGGACGCUCGUCGCCGCGCCGGCGGGCGGGACGAUAUUACGCGGGCAGGGCCGGGCGCGGCCUGCGGCUGGCUCCGGACUCUCCUCUAUAUCACUGUACCUCAGUACCAAUCAAAACCGGGGGGCUGCUCGGACCCCUCGCAAAAUAGGUCUCCAGGUGGGGUUGCGGGCGGCCCGGUUGUGAGGGCGCGGGCGGGGCGGGGAUGUUGGUUUUGGCCAGCAGAAUGCUAUUAUAUCAGGGGGACACCACCGCUUACUUGCACAAGCACAUCACACGGCCACACGGUCAUGCCCAGUUGCAUGCAGGAUAUACGCUUACGCACACUAACACAUACACACACACGCACACACACACACACACACACACACACACACACACACACACACACACACACACACACACACACACACACACACACACACACACACACACACACAUACACACACACACACACACUGUCCUUGCCCACACGGUGAAACUGCAUUGUUAUUGUGAAUUUUUAAGAUAUAUAUAUAUAUACGUAGGUGAAUACUAAGACUCGAAAGCCACGAUGCAGUGACGCCGCGGUUCCCCGAGGCGCCGUUCGCGGCCCUCGGCAGGGGCGGCCCGAGCGCCACCGUGGGGGCGGGGCGGCCACACGUGGGUCCCCCGCCAGAGGGGCCUUUCCCCGUGCUUGCUCAGCGUCCGACCGUCAGGGAUGUAACUAAUAGUUCUUCUUUCAUAUAAUUAUCAAUAUUAUCUAUAUAUCCAUAUAAAGAUAAGCGUUGUAUACAGGUCUCUGGGAUGUGUGUUAUAAUUAGGUUGAUUAUAUAUCAGUAGAUGAUAUAAGAUGGUCGUUCAUGUUUAUGGAGCUGAAUAUUUGAUCCUGGACCAAGUAAAUCAAGUGUACUGUACAGUCUAACAAUGCUAGUAAAUAGUACUUAGUGGUUUUCAAGCAGCCGUCGCGGGUCAGACUGUUCAUUGCGGGCGAGGCUGUUAGCUGUUCAACCUCCGACCGGGUUGCUGCUCUGUGGCUGCGAGAGAGACGGCUGUUAUGAUGCGCCGCGGGCUCGAGAUCUGCCGUUCGCUGUGGGUCGCUCCGGCAGGCGGCCACGAGCCCUACGAAGGACACGAAGGAGCUCGGCGGGGCGCGAUGGAGCCGCCCCUCGCACGAGCGGACGGCGAAGUGAUGAAAGAAAGGGCGGUGGUCUUCUCUCGCCCCGUCGACGUGACCUCGGGCUGCAGCUCGGCCGGUCUUUUCGAAGGAUUCCAACGCAGACCAUGCAACUUUUCUUCUGGACUACUUAUGUGCUCUGUGUAGCUCCCAGAUCAGUUUGAUCUCCGUUUCAUGAUCUGUGAAAACUGCCGACAUUCCGUAUUAGGUAGAUAACGAUAUGUUCCAGUGAUCGUGGGUCAACAUGAAAUAUUUGUUAGCUGUGCUUUGAGUUUUAAUCCAGUGGCGAGGCACGUGACGCUGAUAUCCAAUGUCUAUACGAGAAAUUGAAGAAAGGUUUAUUAUUAUUAUUUUUAUUGAAACAGUUCUAUUUAUCUAUUUUACUCAUCGUCGUCUCCGAGAAGUUGAAGCGUAUUGUUAGAUACUUUCAGAUAUAUUUCUUCAACUGUGUGUCAUAUGUUUUUCUGUACUAAAGUAUUGACGGCAUAAGCAGUGUUCUCUGUAUAGGCUCUGGCCCUCCUCCCGUCUUCGCCAGCCAGGGGGUGGCUGUCGAGAUCUACCCAGCAUUGUAGACACAAAUACCUAUAUAUACUAUGGCAUUCCUGUAUGUCAAGUUGUAUUCUAUAUUGUAUAUCAAUUGCUCUAGUAUACAUGGCAUAUUUUUUCAGUUGGCAGUGUUUAACCUACGAAUCCAUUGUUCGUCUUGAGAAUUUUGUGUUGCAUGUACCCAGUGGUAUUCUUAUUGUAUGGUUUUAUUUUUGCUCAAGGGUUACUUAUCUCUGAGACGAUAAGUGCAGUCGCCAAAAUAACGAAAAAGAUAACAUUCCUGGUCAGUUGAAGUCAAGGAGUUUCUUAGAUAUUUAAUUUAUGUCAAGAGUUCUCUUUUGUUUUCGUUUUACGCAAAUGUCAUGAAAACUUGGUCAUUUUUUUUCCUGAUUCUAUUCGUUGUGACUCAGGAUUGGUGAAAGCUUGUCCGAAGUGCGGCCGCGUCCGGGCUUGUGAUUGGCUGAUGGUAAGAGAGUGAGGACGAGCUGAACCAAUCACGUCACGCCUUGUUGAUCCUAUGGCGUCGUCUUUUGUGGGGAGGAAACUUGACCUUGUGGACUGACUGUUCUUAUUUUGUUAUGUACAUUCCAGAUAUUUUUAUUACUAACACCGGGUAAGGAAAACAAACUCGAUGAAAUUUGUAUUUAUUUUACAAAGUAAUUUGUUCUUAGGUGAAUAUGCUUUAUAUGGUGUUAGCUGAAAUGUUAAUUACAAAAUUCUUUGCAAAGGCUCUACUAGUCUGUUCGGACUACAUGAAUCAGUGCUUGUGCCAUAGCUUUUGUUUGGCUCUCUUACCAUUAUUUGUCUAGUCAAUCUGGCAACUCAAAAUUAAUGAAUUAAGUGUUUUAUCUAAAUUAUUAGGAAAUAAAAAUUGUACCAAAAAAUAUAACAGAGAAACCUUCUCUUAUGGAUAGGUAGAGUAAGGCUGAACAAGAGCUUUACUUUAGAACGUUUGAUUGAAUUUAUUGUCUAGUCAAGAGUCGAUCAUGUUAUUCUGUGAAGUUGAACAAUGACCAAAGAAAUUGUUUGACAAAUAUA